UCUAAAUCGACCGGGAGCGUAUUCGAAUGGUACUUCACGAUUUUCCAAGUGGGGAUCUAGCAGAGGAUCCACAGUUUUCCUUCAAGAUUUAUCGUUAAUUGAAAAGUGUUAAUUGUGCGUCCGAAACUGGUUCUUAAAACUUAGGAAAGGUACGAACAAGUAAGCUAGUUUUCUGUCGCACCGUCAAUUUUUAUCAGAAGAAAUUUUACUAUGGUUUCCUCCAGGAACUUGUUGCUGAGAUUCGUCACAAUCCUGACGCUUCUAGACGUCAGUUUGGGCCAGUUACCUUCACCAUGUCCUCACGUUUUUCAGUACGACAAACGCAAGGAUCAGGACCGUUGGAAUGGAACAAUCACCUUAGAAACCGAUGACGAACUUAUAGGAGUCUGGAUCCACGUGGACGUGGACAGACCCGUCGAACUCUUCGGGAAUUCGUUUGGGGAAGUCACGACGACGGAUAAUCAGAAGUUCAUAAUCAGGAAACCUAAUUAUAAAUUAGAGCCGGAUUCCCCUGUCAAGGUUGACUUCUUCGUCAAAUAUAGCUUGGUCAAACCGAUUCCUAGUUUGACUUCCGUACGUUUGAAUGGCAAAAACAUAUGCAAAGCAAGGAGGAAUACCCCAGUGGAAGAAUCUACCGUUUACAUUAGUCAUAAGGUGAACAAACCUCAGCAGCAGCCCACAACUGAGGCUUCCACAACAAGCCACACCAGACUUAGAGUUACAACAGCAUCAAGUGAAUCGUCCAAAGAAAGCUUCUGGACCGAAUACCCAGUGACUUCUAUAUCAAGACCAAGACCAAAGCCACAAAUCAUCAAAGACGAGUCCUGUGGCACAAUAGCAAGGCGUCCAGUCGGAUUGAUACUGCGAGGCCAGAGCGUAGCUCAAGGUCAGUGGCCUUGGCACGUCGCCCUUUACUACUCCGAAGGCAUCCAAUUGGAGUACAACUGCGGCGGCACCUUGGUGACAAGACGGCACGUGGUGACGGCAGCCCACUGCGUCACCAGACCCAGAUCAAACCGACCCAUAUCGGUGGACAAUUUACUGGUGUUUAUGGGCAAGUACACCCUGAACAAUUUCGGGUCGGAGGUGCAAAGCAGCGAAGCUCUGGAGAUCAAGGUGCACCCCGAAUUUGACUCCAACACCUACUACAACGACAUUGCGAUCAUCAUUUUGGGCAAGUCGGUGAAGUACACGCAGUACGUACGUCCGAUUUGCUUGUGGAGCUCGAGCACCGAUCUCAGCGUGGUGGUGGACAAGGUGGGCACGGUGGUGGGCUGGGGAUUCGACGAAAACAGGCAGAUCUCCAACAAUCUAAGGCAAGCGGCAAUGCCGGUGGUGUCCACCGAUAGGUGCAUCUUCUCCAACCGUGACCUGUUCUCCCAGUUUCUUUUCGACAAGAACUACUGCGCCGGCUACCGCAACGGCACGGGCGUGUGCAACGGCGACUCCGGAGGCGGCAUGGUCUUCCCCAGAGCCGGAACUAGUGGCGUGGACACGGUUUGGGAGCUGAGGGGUUUGGUGUCGGUUAGUGCGGUGGAUCACAAUGAGAAGGUGUGCGAUCCUCAGCAUUAUAUGGUCUUCACCGACGUGGCCAAGCAUCUCGAUUGGAUUAGACGGAUCAUCGACGACGACUAAAUGUAGUUCAUUCAAGUGAUGUGGAUUGAUUACUUCCUACUCUUCAGGUCCUCUUCUGUGGUGACAUUCAAUUUGAGUGCAUUUUGUUAUCCUGGUUAAUGUGGAAGAAGUGAAAUUAUUCUCUCUGUCACCGAACAAAAGGGGAAGAAAGAAGAAAAACUAUUUAAUGAGCUUCAAUUGAUUUAAUUGGACCACAAGAUUCAUUCAUCCUUACCUCUGGUGUUUUGGCCAAUUAGUUAAACUAACCUCUGGUAAUGUGGAAGAAAGUGAACCUAUGUCAGAGUCAUUGACCCAACGACUUAAAGCCAGUAGGGGAGAAUUAUAUAAAACUAUUUUAAUAUACUUGUAAUUAUCUCUUCAUAUUAAUGUUAAUUCAAACCGGUAUAUAUAGAUUUUAUCAAAUCAUGAUCAAAGUUCAGCAACACAUGCGGAACGUGUUAAUGACGCAAAUAAAAUAAUAUAUUAUAAGAAACUUGAUGAUAGCUCAUCACAAAGAAAAAAAAUAAAAUUGCUGAAUAAAAAAGUGGCCACUUCAAUUCAAUAUAAGCAAUGCUGGCGUCCUCUUUUGACGAAUAGCGAUAUUUAAAAUCGAUAACAACCAGAAAUAUUUCAAAUAUUGCUACUUCCCUUGUAGUAUCCAUUUAAAUAUAAAGAAAUAAAUAUUAUAUAGUGAU